GCGGGAGGGGGAGGGGGGGGGGCUACGGGAGAUGCGAGGAUGGAGUUCAAGCAUCUGGUGGAGGCGGCCGAGAAGUGGUGCUCCGGCAACCCCUUCGACCUCAUCUUUGCCGAGGAGGACGACGAGAGGCGGCUGGACUUCUACGCCGAGCCCGGUGUCUCUUUUUACGUCUUGUGUCCCUGCGGAACUGACACCUUCCAUGUGUGGAGCGAGAGCGAGGACUGCCUACCUUUCCUCCAGCUGGCUCAGGACUACAUCUCGUCCUGCGGCAAGAAGACCCUGCUGGAGGUGCUGCAGAAGGUCUUCACGUCCUUCAGACCUCUGCUGGGACUGCCUGACAUGGAGGACGACACCUUGGAGAACUACCACGCCGACAUGGAGGGGGAAGCAGGGCAGAUGGGGCUCAGCCAGCAGUGAGAACAACAACUACUGACAACUUGCUAAAAAAAAAACAAAUCAUCUUGAAUGUUUUUGCUGGCUUUGCUUUUGAAGAGGUGUUGCACUUUGUUGCCCCCGCACACACAUUUUGUAUAAAAGGAUACAAAGAGGGCGAGGUGAGGAUCCCAAUCAUUGACCAGCUGGUUAAAGUUCCACAAGUGGGAGGAGCAAUAUGACAGCCGGCUUACUUGCUAUGCAGACAGCUGCAAUGAUUCCUCUGUAGAGCGCCGCUUCAAAAGCUUGUGACAUAUUUUCUUCCCAAUUCUGGGGUUAGGUCACCUCUGGAGGACAGUGUUUUUCUCUGGAUGUUGCUCUUUUCCUGCUUUGGAGUGUCACAUGAGGCGCUCCAUUAUCUGUGGUCUUCCUCUAGUUGUUGCCUUGCCUUUUCCCUGCCUUGUAGUACAUGUCAGGUGACCUCAAAGGCCAACAUUUAAGGGUACGCUAAAUGGACUCCGCAUGUACUCCUCCUGCGUAAAUAUUAUUUUUGCUGCCGUCAUAUCUGGCACGCCGCGCCGCUUCCGACCCCCGCAAGACUCCUUCUCUUCGGCCUGUAAAUGUCUGUCUGAUCGGCCUCUUCCAACCUGCUGUCAUGCACUGUAACUUUCCUCCCUUCCUUCUCAGACAUGUGUGCAAUUGUUCCAAUAAAGCCUGUCCACCCAU